ACUAUAAUUCAUACAGCGCCCUAAAUUUUUAGGACAUUUGCGUCCACAAUCCCUUUUCCUUAUAUUUUCUUGGGUUUUCUGAAUUUACUCCAAAUUCGGCGACGAGGCCCACCCGAGAACAAUCAGUGACGACAUACAACUAUCGCGGAGGAGAAAAUCCGAAUUCGCUACAAUUGAGGAGGGUUCCCUCGUUGCGGGUUUUGCAUUUCUUCUUUCUUUCGGUUGUCUCCGUCUUUGAUCCCCCGAUUGAUCGGUGAAUGCAGGAGUAACCAGUUUGUAGCUGCCAAGGGUAUCGACAUGUUUUGAAGUUAAGGAUUCUAAGAGAUAUGCUACUUUCACUCUGACAAUGGAUGGGAAUACAAGAUUUGAAUUGUCUUCAGCCAGUCCUGAUUCAAAUUUUGCUGGGAAUUACCAAAAUGGGCAGAGGGGAUAUUCUGCUCCCACUUUAGGAAGGUCUUCUAGUUUCAGAGAGGGUUCAGAAAGUAGAAGUGCUGGGUCUGGGAAGGUGAAUUCUAGGGUCAGUGCUUCCCUUCCAAAAGAUGGCUCUAUGCUAUCACAAUACCUCAUGUUGGAGCCUAUUGUUAUGGGUGAUACAAAAUAUGCGCGGGGUGACUUCAGGAGGGUUCUGAGCCUUUCAGAAGAAAAUUCUUUUGGUGCAGCCCAUCUGAAGAGUUCACCUCCCAUGGUUGUUGAGGAACUAAAACGAUUAAGGGCAAAUGUAGCUGAUGUUUGUGCCAAAGCGAGUGGUAGGGCCAAGAAGUUGGAUGAGCAUUUGAACAAGUUAAACAAAUUUGUUGAGGCCAUGCCUACCAAAAAGCAGCAGCAGCAGCAGCAGCAGAGGAACGACAUGUUGACAAAUGACCGCCCUAGUGGCUCAACUUUGAAAAUUGGAUCUCAGCAUCGAAACCCUUCGGAAUUGGGAAGUCAAAAAUUUGAUGAUCGGCCUAAGAGUGCUGGUCUGAAUAAGCGCUUACGCACAUCAGUUGCAGAAACUCGGGCAGAAUGCAGGACUAAUGGUGCCUUGCGGCAGCCUUUGAUGGUGACAAAAGAACGAGAGCUGGUUAAAGAAAAUAAUGCUGAUUCUGAUGCGGUUGAUGAAAAAAUAAGGAGGUUACCUCCUGGUGGAGAAGGCUGGGAAAAGAAAAUGAAGAGGAAACGUUCUGUUGGUGCUGUAUUUUUGAGAUCUGCUGACAAUGAUGGCGAAGUGAAACGAAAUGUGCACCCUAAGCUUACUGUUGAAUCGAGCCUGCAGUCGAGCGAUUCCACCCAUGGCUUCAGGUCAGGGGCUUCUGGUGGGAACAACAAAUUAGACCCUCUGCCAUCUCCUGCUGGUUCUUCAGGUCGAAUGAACUUAAAAAAUGAACAAGAAAAACCAGUGCUUUCAAGAGAGAUUUCUGGUGGACCAAUCAAGGAGCGAGCUUUAGGAAAAGUAAAUGUUAAGUUGAAUAAUCGUGAGGAAAACCAUUCCGUGGGCCCUAGUCCAAUUGUAAAGGGAAAAGCCUCAAGAGCCCCAAGGAGUGGGUCCAUGGCUGCAGCCAAUGCAGUUGGUAAUAGUCCCCAAAUACCUGGAACUUUGGAGAGCUGGGAUCAGCCACAAGGUAUGAACAGAACUCCUGCAGUCAGUGGGCUUAACAAUCGCAAGCGUCCCUUGCCUGCAGGGUCAUCUUCCCCCCCAAUUACUCAAUGGGGUGGUCAGAGGCCGCAGAAGAUCUCUCGAACAAGGAGGACAAACCUUAUUCCUGUAUCAGGCCAUGAUGAAGUACCACUGCAGUCUGAAGGAUGCUCAUCAGAUAUUGUUCCUCGUAUUAGUAUUGGUGGGGUCAAUGCAUCUUUUCUCCCCAAGAGCGCUGCAAAUGGAAGCCAAAAUUUUAAAGUCAAGUCUGAAAACGUUUCAUCUCCUGCAAGAUUGUCAGAAAGUGAAGAAUCUGGUGCUGGUGAAACUCGGUUAAAUGAUAAAAGCAGUAGAGAAAUUGAAGAAAAAAGUGCAAAUGCUGGUCAGAAUGCUGUACUUCCUGCAAUUUCUAUGAAGAAGAAUAAAAUUGUGCUCAAAGAAGAAAAUGGUGAUGGUGUGAGAAGACAAGGGCGUAGUGGAAGGGUAUCGCCAUAUUCUAGAGCUAGCAUUUCUCCUACAAAUGAAAAAUUGGAUAAUGUAGUGCCAAGCAAGCCACCUCGAAAUGCAAGAUCUGGCUCUGACAAGACUGGAAGUAAAUCUGGCCGCCCCUUGAAGAAGCUUUCAGAUCGCAAAGGUUUUUCUAGACUUGGCCAUGUAGCAAAUGGCGGUUCCCCUGACUGUAGUGGGGAAUCAGAUGAUGAUCGUGAGGAGCUCGUAGAAGCUGCAAAGCUUGCUUCGUGUUCUAACUUUAAUGCGUGUUCAAGUGCAUUCUGGAAAACAUUUGAUGCUUUGUUUGCUUCGGUUGAACAAGAUGAUAAAUCAUUCUUGUCAGAACAGCUGAGAUUGGCUGAAGAAUCCCUUGGAAGUUUGUCUCAGAUCUGUAUCAAGAGCAAUUCUGCUGAUAUUAAAGUGGAUGAUAAUCACCAUGAAGAAAUGGCAGCAACAAACAACGUCAACCUCAAGGAUUCUUUGGAUCAAGUUGGGUUUCUUGGACAGUUUCAGAAUGCCUUUUUACCUCGGGGUUUGGAUGAAGAAAAGAAUGCGAAGACCGUUCCACUUUAUCACCGGGUACUGUCCGCUUUAAUUAUAGAAGAUGAAAUCAAUGAAUCUGAGGAAACUGGAUUUGGGAGACAAAGGAGUUCAGGCUAUGGUUCUUUACCCCUUACUGGCCUUGAAAGUACACGUAACGACGGGCUGGGAUAUUGUGAUACUGUUUUUGGUGUUCAAGGUCUGAAAAAUGGUAAUUCACAGAAUGUAUAUCCUUGUAAUGGUAAUAUGGGUGUUGAUGUGAGCCCUAGUGCUCUGGAUUAUAGAUGUAACGGUGAACUAAAACAAAGGGACAGUGGACGCAUGCACCCAGAUCUUGAAAUAAUACUUCAACUCUCAGGAUCUGGUUAUGUUCCGCAAAGUCUGCCGGAAAAUAAUGGUGACAUCUCUUCUUUUGGUACUCAAGAUGAACAGCUCCGUCUUGAAGAAAAGCUUACCCUUGAACUACAAAGCAUUGGCCUCUUUGUGGAAAAUGUGCCUGCUCUGGAGGACAAAGAAGAUGGGGUGUCUGAGGAAAUUGUUCAGCUACAGAGGAAACUUAAUGAGAAGAUGGGGAAGAAAAAGGCAUGCUUGGAUAAAUUAUACCAUGGGAUUCUAGAAGAGGACAAAAUUGGAAGGGAUUGCGAGCAGACUGCAAUGGAUAGACUUGUUGAGCUGGCAUACAAGAAACUUUUGUCAACUAAGGGAAGCUAUGCUACCAAACAUGGAACUCCGAAGGUGAAUAGACAAGUUGCUUUGAGUUUUGUCAAGAGGACGCUUGCUCGAUGUAGCAAAUUUGAAGAAACUGGAGAAAGCUCCUUCCCUGAUCCUGCACUUCGUGAUAUUCUCAAUGCAGCACCCCCUCGGUUUCCCGAGACGGAUUUGCUUUCUGAUUUGAACACUUUACACCCGUCUGCUGCUAAAAACUGGCCAUCAUCAAAUCGAGGAAAGAAGAAGGAAGUCUUGCUGGACGACGUUGGUGGUGGUUCUGCCUUCCGGGCCUCUUCUGCUCUCGGCACUUUGGGUGGUGCAAAGGGAAAGAGAAGCGAGCGAGACAGAGACAGGUUUCCUAAGGCAGGUCGGCUGUCUAUGGGCGGCUCCAAGGGCGAGCGAAAAGCAAAAUCGAAGCCCAAGCAGAAAACAGCGCAGCUCUCUACGUCAGGAAACACGUAUCUUGAAAAUCUUCCGGAACCAAAUACUGCUCCUGCCAAUUCCACCAUCAGCAAGAGAAAGGAUGUCCGGUUCAUGUCCACCGCAAACGGCCCAUCAGCAAAGGAAUCUGCAGACUUCGACAACCUGCAACUGGACGGCAUAGAUGAAGCGCUAGUUGACCCAGACGGCGGCGCCCCUCAAGACCUCAAUUCUUGGUUCAAUUUCGAAGUGGAUCCCAUGCAAGACCACAACAUAGCCGGCCUUGACAUACCCAUGGACGAUCUCUCGGAGUUACAGAUGUUUUGAUCGAGACUUGCAGAUUCUUGUACAGCAUCGAUCGGUGAUGGUGAUUCGAUACUUAUUUUGUUUAGGCGUUUCUUGUUGUCCUUUGGUGUAUUUCUGCACCAUAUGCUUAGUGCCGAAUGGCCCUUGUAAUUAUGCACUUUCUUUCCCUUUUUUUAGCCUUUGUUUGAACUUUUAAAUUCUUUACCAUAUGUUGGUCGAUCAUGUGUUUGCAGACAAUGAUGUUUC